AUGGAGCUACUAAGAUGUCUUCUGGCGAUCUUCGUUCAAGUCAGUUUUCUGCCUUGUGUCUCUGCGUUACCGCGCUUCCUGGGCGGCAGAGAUGAUGAACCUAUUGCACCUAAAGUCAUGAUCAUAUCAAUGUGGUCUCCUGAAGCAGAAAUCUGGCAUACUCGUCUCCCAGACACUCAUCUAGGCAACCUGUCAGCCAAAAUUGUCCACUCACCAGGUCUCUCCAUGUUAUUCCCCUGUGCCACUUGCACCGAGAAUGGCGAUAUCUGCCAUCUCACCAUCGGUGAAGGAGAAGUCAACUCAGCCGCCUCCCUAAUGGCUCUCGUCCUGUCUCCCAAAUUCGACCUGAGCAACACUUACUUUCUAAUCGCUGGCAUAGCCGGUGUCAAUCCCAAGUACGGCACCCUAGGCACCGUAGCCCUCGCUCGCUACUCAGUCCAAGUUGCUCUUCAAUAUGAGAUUGAUCCACGAUCUCUUCCGCCCAAUUACCCCACAGGAUAUAUAUCAUACGGUCGUGAUCAACCGCAUGAGUAUCCCUUCAUCACGUAUGGCACUGAAGUUUUUGAACUCAACACUCAACUCCAAGAGAAAGCUUACAGACUAGCUUCCAAAGCUGAGCUGGAAGAUGCCACUGGUCCAAAGCAGUAUCGUGCGCUGUAUGGCCGGAUGGGCGAGUCGUAUAGAAGCGCAUCUCAACCUCCAUCCGUCGUCAAGUGUGACACUGCUACAAGUGAUGUAUACUAUUCAGGCAGCCGUCUUUCCGAGUCUUUCGAAAAUACCACUCGAGUGUGGACGAAUGGUACGGGAGUGUACUGUAUGAGCGCCCAGGAAGACAACGCAGUCUUAGAAGUCCUAGUCAGGGCAGCAAUUGAGAAAAUCAUUGACUUCUCCAGAGUCAUGGUCUGUAGAACCGGCUCCAACUUCGACCGUCCCCCUCUCGGCCGCUCUGACCUAGAGCAUCUCACAGCCGCGCAGCAAAAUGGCUUCGGUAUUGCGAUAGCCAACAUCUUCAAUGCAGGUAUCGAGAUCGUCAAAGGCAUCAUCCACGACUGGGACACGACUUUCAAAGACGGUAUCGAAGCGGAGAAUUACGUGGGGGACAUCUUUGGUAGCCUUGGAGGCGAACCUGACUUUGGUUUCGGAAGCCUAACUCGCGGAGAACGUAUUGCAAAGGGCUGUAAAACGAAUGGCAUGGCUGCGAGGGAGAUGGAUAGGAGGAGGAUCUUGACACAGAAGUCUUUGAGAAAGGUUUAG